GGCACCGUGAGGGGACGGCGGUGUCGCCGUGAGGUCCCGGAGAGGCGGCCGUGCUCCCUCGGUUCUCUGCUGAAGCGUGGAGUCUCUCUCGUCUCCCCCCUGUUUUCAAAAAGCUGCUGGCGCUCCUGUUCUUGCAGUGUUGAGAUAAGGAGGGUUGUGAUGCCAUGGAGACCGUGUGUUCCCAGCCCUCCCUGGUGACUGAAUCCCCUUUCAGCUCUUUAAGAAGAGAAAAUACGGAUCUCAGGAUUUUUAGCAGCUUUUUAUUUCUUAAAUUCUUUUCCUGCAAUGGUGUGUCUUAUUUGUUGUCAUGCCUUGUAGAAUUUAACUGAACUUGGAGGAUGAAGUCCAGCCUAAUGCAUUUGGUUCCCCCAGUGAGCAGAGAAAGAAUAAUCUCUCAGUUUCCCAAGUGGUACACACCCGAGGCCUGUCUGCAGUUUAAAGAGCACUUCCACGCACAGGUCAGGGCUGCGUGUCAGCAGAGCCCUGCAACAGCUGGGCUGAAAAUAUCCAAAGUGGUUGUGGUAGGAGACCUGUUCGUUGGGAAAACCAGUCUUAUCAACAGAUUUUGUAAGGAUAAUUUUGACCGAGACUACAAGGCAACCAUUGGAGUAGAUUUUGAGAUUGAACGUUUUGAGAUCAUUGGAAUGCCAUAUCACCUCCAGAUAUGGGACACAGCAGGUCAGGAGAAGUUCAAGUGCAUUGCAUCUGCUUACUACCGAGGAGCAGAGGUUAUAAUAACAGUGUUUGAUCUGGCUGAUAUCCAAACUUUGGAUCACACCAAACAGUGGCUAGAAGAUGCAUUGAGGGAGAAUGAGCCAGAUUCCAGCUUCAUCUUUCUGGUUGGAACAAAAAAAGAUUUGGUGUCAGGUGCUGUGUGCGAAAGGACAGAGCUGGACGCCAUCCGCUUUGCCCAGGAGAUGCAGGCAGAAUACUGGUCCGUGUCAGCCAAAACAGGAGAAAAUGUCAAAGAAUUCUUUUCCCGAGUUGCUGCCUUGGCCUUUGAACAGUCCAUGAUAAAGGAGCUGGAGAACACUCCUGGGCACAGGGCCCAAAUUGGGGCAGGAAAUUUCAUCAAACUAGAGAAGAACAUUAUGGAAGUUCCAGAAGACAACGCUGGAGUCAGCCUGAGUUGCUGCUAAGUGUCAACUGUUUCUGCAAGUGCCACACUUCUCUGCAGCAAUGGGCUCAAACCAGAAAUAGAGAGCUUUCAUUUUAGAAAUAAGGGAGGAAACACUUACCCAAACUUUCUUGCUGAGAGUUCCCUUGCUGCUGCAGGCUCAGUGUCAGGUGGUACUAUUGUUAUGUAAACCUUUCUCUGUGUAGCUGAAACAGCAUCCCUGUCUUAAUGCAGGAAGACAUUGCCAGUGCCAUGGGCUCACCUGUGUGCCAGAAAGGCCUGUGGUCAGAAAUGUCAUUUUACUGUGUUAUUUUUUGAUAAUUCUCUGGAGAUCUUAGCUAGUGAGGUGGCAUUCUCAUGGGAGCAGUAAACAAGUGGCAAUUCAGAAUGAAGAGUGCUAUCAAUACAGUUUUGCCUUUUAAAAUCAUUGUGUAAAAUAACUCUGAUUUGCUUUUAUGCAUUCCAAGUAUUUUAGAACUAUUUGAAAAUAAAUCUUUUUAAGUAUCAGGCCUGGAAGUACACAAAUGCAGACUGCAUAUUUUCCACUGUGGUUUCUCCAUCCAGGAAAAAAUGUGUAUUCCUUUUCAUUUUCCACUUGAGAAUCAGAGCCCAGUAUUAAAUAUUUCUAAGCCUAAAAGAAGUCCAGGUAGGAACUGUCUAAUAUUUUGAAAAUAUUGCCAGAUAAGAAUGCUAUUCUUUUCCAUUCUCUUGAAUAAGAAAGAAUGGUCACACAGGGGCAUAGUAUGGAAAACAUAUUAUUUCCCUCUAAUUUUUCCAGUAGCUCUCUGAACUCUAAUAUGCUGUUGCAUCUAGCUUAGAAUUCCAUGCUUCUAAGGUUCAUAUCCAGCAUUUUAGGCUUGCUGACAUUAAAAAAAAAAGCUCUAGAUUUCAUACUGCAAUUAUUUUAAAUGGAAAGGAAGAAGAAAACUUGAACAAUUACAAGGUACUGUUUCCUGAGAUGUUUAUUCAAUCAAUGCAGAAAGAACAGUAUCUUUAAAAAUAAUUAUAACAGUACUCAGAUUUUAGCUGAUGAGAAAUAAAGACAUUUGUUAAUAAAUGCAUCAAAAUAUUCUAGAUUCUGUGCAAUUUUCCCCACUUCAGUAAGAAAUGGGAAAAAGUGGAGAAAAGAUAGCUUGAAUAUGCUUUUUAUUCCUUUUGCCUUUUGACGUAAGUUAGAGCAGCUUCCUAGAAGAUGAUGAAUAGAGAUCUAGGAACUCUGUGUCUUUUUUUAUCAGACAAUCUUCACUUUGGCAAAUUGUGCUGCCUGUUGGCAAGGACACAAAUGUAGCAUUUGGUGGAAAAAAUGAAUCUGUGAGGGUACGAAAGGAGCUCUUUAUCCAAAUGUGUAAUAUUUCGGCCUUCUGCUGUUCUGUGCAGUUGUGGCAGUGCAGAGCCUGUUUCCCAAGGGAGGUGAAUUUGCACUGUGCUUGUAGCACGUGCUCUGCUGGCUGGGCAGAGUGGCCUUUCUCUUACCUGAGCCUGGGUGGAGAUGGUUCACUCUGCUGCAGCAGAUCAGGUCACCCGGGAACAAAUCUAAGAAAAGAUCCAUUUUUGGGGUUUUUCCCCACCAAGAAAUAUAUCUCCUAAGGGUUUCUUCUGUUGCUGAGCUCAAUUAUUGUACAAAGUCACAGAGAUGCAAUCUCUUCAACAACACCACCAUGUUGCCUAGAAAAUCAAAUGGGACAGUUUUUUUCCUUGGGAUUCAGCACAUUGCAUGAUGUUAUUACUGUUUUGUAUCAUCUGGAGCUCCAAAAAUUUCAAAUACAAUUGCAGUCAUCAGUUAUCAUGGGACAAUAGCCUGAGUCUGUUUAUUAAAUGAUGGGUGCUUUGAGACUGGGUGGUUUUUGGUUGUUGUUUUGUUGGGGUUUUGUUGUAAUUUUUUAUUUGUGUUUCUUUGCUUGGUUGGUUGGUUUUAAAGGUGUUUUUAGCACCACUGAAACCUCCCCUGCAAAGAACUCCAUAUUAAUAAUUUAUCAUCUAAAACGAAUUUUGAAUCAUGUGGCAAAUGAUGAGUUGGUUAGGACAGCACAAAGGAAGCUAACCAUAGAAAAUAAAUACACAUUUGUAAGUUCUACCUAGCCAAUGUUUUAUCUCUGUAAAUCCAUUCUAUCAGCAAUUUAAUUGACUUUGAGAAGCCUUAAUAUUUUGGAAAACAGUGUUGAAAAAACUUUAUUAACUCUAACUAUAGGUAGGCUAAACCACAAUUCCUAUACCAGUUGAAAAUCUCUUCAGUGAUCAUGGCAACAGUCACAGUUUCAGCUUCCUUGUGGAAUUUGCAGGUGAGAAAUUGAAGUAAACUUUGGAGUCAGUCUGAAGCAAAUGUAAAGGGCAAUUGUAACAAUCCAUUUCCCAAAAGAAGUACUGAACUUGUGCUGUUUCUUGUCUUUAAUAAGUAAAAGCUAACAUAUUCAUGGA